UGAUUUCACAAUGGGCUCCAUUGGCACAGCAAGCGCAGAGUUUUGCUUUGAUGUGUUCAAAGAGCUGAAAGUCCACCACGUCAAUGAGAACAUCUUCUACUCCCCCCUGAGCAUCAUUUCAGCCCUGUCCAUGGUCUACCUAGGUGCAAGAGAAAACACUAAGACUCAGAUGGAGAAGGUUAUUCACUUUGAUAAAAUCACAGGACUUGGAGAGUCCAUGGAAUCUCAGUGCGGCACAGGUGUAAGCAUCCACACUGCACUUAAAGACAUGCUGUCCGAAAUCACCAAACCAAGUGACAAUUAUUCACUCAGCCUUGCCAGUAGACUUUAUGCUGAACAGACAUAUGCAAUCCUGCCGGAAUACUUACAGUGUAUUAAGGAACUGUAUAAAGAAAGCUUGGAAACUGUCAGCUUUCAAACAGCUGCCGAUCAAGCCAGAGAACUCAUCAAUUCCUGGAUUGAAAGUCAGACAAAUGGAGUGAUCAAAAAUUUCCUUCAGCCGGGCUCUGUUGACUCCCAGACUGAACUCGUCCUUGUUAAUGCCAUAUACUUCAAAGGAAUGUGGGAGAAAGCAUUUAAGGAUGAAGACACUCAAGAAGUGCCUUUCAGAAUAACUGAACAAGAAAGCAGACCUGUGCAGAUGAUGUAUCAGGCUGGUUCAUUUAAAGUGGCAACAGUGGCUGCUGAGAAAAUAAAGAUCCUAGAGCUUCCAUACGCCAGUGGAGAGCUGAGCAUGCUCGUGCUGUUGCCUGAUGACAUCUCUGGCCUGGAGCAGCUCGAGACUACAAUCAGCUUUGAAAAACUAACUGAGUGGACCAGUUCUAACAUGAUGGAAGACAGGAACAUGAAGGUGUACCUCCCUCGCAUGAAGAUUGAGGAAAAAUAUAAUCUCACAUCUGUCUUAAUAGCUUUGGGUAUGACUGAUCUGUUCAGCCCAGCAGCCAAUCUGUCUGGCAUCUCUGCAGCAGAGAGCCUGAAGAUGUCCGAGGCCAUCCAUGCAGCAUAUGUGGAAAUCUAUGAAGCAGAUAGUGAGAUUGUCAGCUCUGCAGGGGUUCAGGUGGAGGUUACAAGUGAUUCGGAAGAGUUUAGGGUUGACCACCCGUUCCUCUUCUUGAUCAAACACAACCCAACCAACAGCGUUCUCUUCUUUGGCAGGUGCAUUUCCCCUUAAAGAGAAGAAAGCUGAAAGAGUUUCUGUCCUUCAGAGCAAGACCCACAGCACUGUAGUAUCAAGCAUAAAAAGAAAGGCAUACUAUCUGUUUCACCCAUAUUUUCUAAAAACUGAAAGCUGUAUUAAAAAAAUAUUUAUUUUGUUAAAUCAGAGAAUAAUUAUCCCAUGAAAUCCAGGACCACUUAUCUUUCCUAAGUCAAUGGAAUCCCAAGGAAAUCACGGUGAACACAAAUGUUCCUCAUGAAAGCUAACACUUCAGUGCUGAUGCUGGAUUAUACUGAAAAAUCAUAAUCCAAUUUAUCAUCAGAAGUUUUGUGGUCCAAAAUGCAGCUUUCCCAUUUUCCAGGUUUCUCUAGGACCAAAAUUUUUGGUGACUCCUCCAGAAUUAGUUACUAGAAAGCUCUCAGAUUAAGUUCUAAACUGUCACCAGCCAUUCCUACUCCUACAAGGAUACUGCUUUUUCUUUGUGCUCCUGAUACUACAGGGCUCUGCCUCACUUUCCAAAGACGCAUUAUAGAAAUCUUAGCAUUCACUUCUCUCCUUAAACAUUUUUGGCUCAAUUGCAAUGGCCAAAUACGGAAUACUACUCUUCAAAUUGAUUUCCAUGUAUACCUCUGCAUCCAAAUCUAAUGGGUCUUGUGGAUGUAUUCUUUUGCUUCUUUAAUCAUAAUAAAAACAUUUUUAAGCAAA